AUGAGUUCCACACUCUUUUAUCAGACUCAACUUUCUGUGCUAUCCUGUAUCUGCGUCUUUGCUCUUUUUCUGGAUAGACGUGCGACCCGCAAAGUUUGGAAUACAUCACCAAAUUCACCGCAUUCAGACGGUACACCUGGAAAUGAUGUACAAAGACGACUCGCUGCCGCAUCUCUGUUAGCUUGGAAGUACCUUACCGUGUACGGGAUUGUUAUGACUGCAGAUUGGUUGCAAGGGCCAUACCUCUAUUCUUUGUAUCGAGAGCAAUAUCAACUCUCGGAGAGGCUGGUAGCCUCCCUUUUUGUGGUUGGUUUCAUAUCUGCUGGCCUUGCGGCACCAUUAAUCGGUGUAUGGGCAGAUCAGCAUGGACGUAGAAAGUUAUGUCUGGCGUUCUGUAUAACAUACACACUAUCCUGCCUCUGUAUCACCAUGCCUCACCUCGUUUUACUUCUGCUUGGAAGAAUUUUGGGUGGCACAUCGACCUCUAUACUCUUCUCAGUCUUUGAAUCAUGGGUGAUAUCGGAAUCGACAACUGCAUCUCUUCUUCCCGCCGAUCUCUCGACUAUCCUAGGGCGUGCAACGCUUCUGAAUGGGUUUGUCGCAGCCGGUGCUGGAAUCUUAAGCAACCAACUAGUUUUAAUGACGAGCAAUUUCGCAUCUCCUUACAUGGCCAGCGCGUCUCUGCUUUUGUUAUCCUGGGUUCUUAUUCGGGUGCUAUGGACAGAGAACUAUGGUGGCGGUGGAGGGCUCCCAAAUAAGGAUGUUUGGCAAAUGAGGCGCCUUGGGCAGGCAUGCACCAUCGUCCGUCAAGACCCUGUACUACUCGUCCUAGGCCUCGCCCAAACAUGUUUUGAGGGGUCUAUGUACCUCUUCGUCUUUCUAUGGGUCCCAUCUCUCCAGGAAAGUUCAUCAGACCCUCAAUUGCCUUUAGGCUACAUAUUCUCCUCUUUCAUGAUAUCGAUGAUGCUCGGCUCCCUUCUAUACACGUUGAUCGUUACGCGUCAUCAACAACUCUCCGACCCGAAGCCCUCAUCUGUCACACUGCACGCCCAACUCAGCAGCAUCGUCUGUGCAGUCAGUGCUCUGGCGUUUCUAACUAGCACCAUAUUCUUCAGCGAACACACUAGGUUCUGGGCAUUCUGUUUAUACGAAGUAUGCGUUGGAAUGUAUUAUCCAGUCCAAGGCACACUUCGCGGGGCUCUAAUUUCAAAUGAACAUCGUGCUACGUUAUCUUCACUGUUCCGGGUUCCGUUGAAUAUUUUCGUGGCUGUCUCGUUGUUGACCGGAGUUUCUUCGGCGAGGAGAACGGUGCUAGUGACUAGCGCUGUCAUGUUGACCGUAUCGUCGCUACUGACUGCCAUAGUCAUCGUAGACCGUUCUAAAGAACCACAAUCCCCUCCAUCUCCACGCCCAAGUGAUGAUUGA